AUGGCGGCGGCUGCGGGAGGCGGAGGCGGCCGCGGGUCCGAGGGCCCCGGGGGUGGGUCCGGGGGCCCCGGGGUGGGUCCGGGGCGGGUCCGGGGGCUCUGGGUCCGGAGGCCCCGGGUCUGGGUCCGGAGGCCCCGGGUCUGGGUCCGGAGGCCCCGGGGUGGGUCCGGGGGCCCCGGGGGUGGGUCCGGGGGCCCCGGGGGUGGGUCCGGGGGCCCCGGGGAGCCGCUGAGGGCCCGGGGUCGGGCCGGACCGGCGGCCGCUGAGCUCACGCUGUCCCCGCUCCGCGCGGGUCCGGGGAGGGAGGCGCCGGGCGCUGCCGGUACCGCGGGGGCAGCAGUGAGGGCCUCGGGCGGCGGCGGCCGAGGAGCAGCGGCAGCGGCGGGAGGAGGAGGAGGAGGAGGCGGCGGCGGCUCCUUCAUUGAGUGCGUCCCCGUGACCGUGUCCCUGGAGCAUGUGGACGGUCAGGAGAGAAUAGUGUGUGUGACUACAGAUGCUAAUGGAGGUACGUUGUCUUAUGUUGGCCAGCUGAAUUCGGAUGUGAAUUUGGAACUACAGACCGCAGUGUCUCCACGGCCUUUGUUGCAGCGGGGUUCAGUGAGUGCUAUUCCGCCAGGCACUCCCCUGCUUCAGAUCCAUCCUUUGGAGACAGGACCUCAGAGGCUGCAGAACGUUAUUCUGGACGGACAAGUGGAAGGCAGCGGUGGAGCAAAGGAUCUGGAGAAUGACGAACCAAAGGUAUUCGUGGGCAGGAUUGGUGGAAUUGGACUUCACUGCUGCUUUCAAAGGAAAUGUGGAGAAGUAGCAGGAACUUUGGCCAAAAUCAAGCAGAAACGAAAAGGCGGGUGGCCCAAAGGCAAGAAGAGAAAACCUCCAAAGGAUUUCACUGCACCUCGUGCUCCUACCACAGGGUAUGUGUUAUUCCUGAAUGAACAGAGAGCCAAGCUCAAAGCUGAACAUCCAGAUCUGCCUUUCACAGAGAUUACUAAGAUGCUGGGCACUCGGUGGUCACAGCUCUCACAGGAGGGGAAGCAGAAGUAUAUUGAUGAAGCAGAGAAGGAUAAGAAGCGAUAUAUAGAGGAGCUCAAAGCAUAUCAGAAUUCAGAGGCUUACCAAGCCUUCCUGAAGAGGAGAGCGAUCAGUAAGGUCAAAAACCUGUGUGGUGUGGAGUCUCUGGAUGCUGAGUUUGAAAACGAUGCUGUGGCACUAUCGGAAAUUGAUCAGGAUGAUGACAGCAAUGACCUGUACUGCAGGACGUGCAAUCAGUAUUUCAGCUCACUGCACAACAAGAAGGAACACCUUUUUGGAAGACAGCAUUUGCAAAACUUAACCGGAGAGUUUAAAAAGGAGGCAGCUGAGCUAUCGAAGCAGCAGCAGCAGGAACAGCUGGGAGACGAGGAUUUAGCAGAGGAUGCAGACUCAACCGAGCUCUCUCAGCUAUGCGGACUGACCUCCAAGCACAGCCAUACAUCACUCAACCUCAGCCUUCUGGAGGAAUAUAUUUUCAAACAAGUCAAAUUAAGAGAGUUUGAACUUAGUGAACUCACAAAAUCUUUGGAAAGUGCACAAGAUGAACAUGAAAAUCUAAGCAAACAAUUAGAAGUUUUGAAGAAUCGGAAGGUAAAGCUGGAAGCUGAUCUUGCAAACUUGAAAGCCUCUGGAAUCGCAUUGGACACACAACUGGAAAGUUUAAAAAUGGUUCCCAUGCUCUUUCAAUUCCAUAUCCAAAUAAUGGACAGUGGAAAUUGCAUUCAGCAGAAACCGUGCCUAUCUCUUGAUACACUCACUAAGUAAAGGGGGUAGGGUAAAACAAGAAACAGAAUGAAGAAGUUAAAGAACGAGGGCCCUGAAGAAGAUAAAAGAUUGUAAAGCAGCAGCCCAGGUCAGAUGUUGCGAACGUUGAAUUUCACUUCACUGGGAACUUUUCAUACCAACAUUUAUUAUCUGUUCAUGUAGUGAAUUUAUAGCUGUGUUUUUUUUCAAUCAUUGUUCUAAGGUGGGUGCACUGUCCACUGUUCAGUGUGGUUUCACUGUGCCGUGUUGUGCCGUUUGUACCUGACCUCUGCAAAAUCACUCGAUAUUUUGUUUCGCCCACAAAAUAAAUAAUAAUAAUAAUAAACCUUGCAUUUGAU